AACAAAUAACCUCUCCCGGACAAACAAGUCAGACUGCUCUAAUCUGAACAGUCAAAAUGGAGGACAGAGAAAGUUCAGGUGGCAUUUUUAAUGGUACGUAUAACAAAAUAAUUAGUCAAGAAGACUUCGGCACAGAUGAGCACCCUCUCUACUCAAACCAAGAGAAGCAACAAGUGUCCGUGUCCAUGGUGGGACCUGAGUCCAGUUUGGAUCACCACAAAGUGCUCACAGCAGGCCUGGCAGUGCUCGCUGUCAUUCUUCUGGCAGUUGAUAUUGGCCUGGGAGUCUAUUAUAACAAACUUACUGAUGGGCACCGUAUCAUAACGGACAUCAGCAGUGAGGUGGCCAAACUGCAGGCUACUUACAACGCUAUAAUCCACAGUAGGGAUGAAGCCAAGGAACAGUUGGCAAAAGAGAUCAGUGAUCAGCGACUAACUGAGUGGGAGCUUGACCACCAGAAGAGCAGAAUCAAAGACUACAGAGGGCAGGUUGACAGAAUUCAAACGGAAAUUGCAGUGAUGAAAUCCCACAUGCCAAUGAUUAAGGAGGGUUGCAGACACUGUUUACCAGGAUGGUCUUACAUGAGCUCAGUGUGUUUCUACAUCGCUUUCUCUGAGAGUCAUUCACGCAGUUCGUGGCAGGAAGCCAGACAGUACUGCACGAAACAAGGAGGCGAUUUGGCAGUGAUAAAUAGCAGAGAGAGACAUCUGGCGCUAGCUGAACUGAUAAAUAAUUAUCAAGACCGUUCAAGAUCAAUAAGCCAGAGUGGCUACUGGAUUGGACUGAGAGAUGUGGAGAUGGAAGGAACCUGGAAAUGGCUGGAUGGAACAGUAAUGACUGAGGGGUACUGGAAUGAUGGAGAGCCCAACAACCAGGGUAAUGAGGACUGUGCGGCUAUGUAUCCCAGAAGCAACCCCUUUAAGGCCUGGAACGAUGCUCCAUGUUCUUAUGACCUGAAAUGGAUUUGUGAAAUGGCACCAAGAUCUGCAUUUCAGAUCUAAUGAAUGAAAUGAAGAGUUAAGUCCGCAUUAGAGAUUUUUUUCAUUUUCUGAAUUGUUCUUUUUAUUGUCACAUCAAUAUUUGUUGAGACUACAAAAUGGCAAGGAAGUUCAAAUACGAAAAAUACAUCUGAUUUAUGAAAUGAACCAUAAAAUGUCUUAAUUAUCUUAUUGUAAUAAAUAAAAUAUUUACCUUUACUAUAUACAUAUAUAUAGCACUACUAUACACCCAACUUUACAUCAACUGUAAUUCUUAUAAAUGUCAUUUAUCAUUGACUUAACUGCUGGAGCUAGGCAUUCUGGUUCAAGCAACAGCUGUUAUCUUGGGCUUUUCACACCCAGCGGUUGCAGGCAUUUACUUUGAACGCUGUGAAAAGCAAAAAACUACCAAUGACCAGGGUUUCUGUAAAAGGAAAAUGGCCAGGAUAUUAUCUGAAAAUGCACCAGAUAGGACUGUCUCCAAUGAGACAACACACAGUUAAACCAUGUUACAGGUGUACCUAAUAAACUGGGAAUCAAGUGUAUGCGUACCAUUUGAUAAAUAAACACAAACCAAAAACA